UGAAUAUGUUUGAUCUUCUUCAUCCUCUGCAUAUCAAUAAAACUCAAGAAAAUUCCAUUUUUUAAUCUACAAAAACUAUGAUUUACCCAGUAAUUUCCACUAAAACUCCGAUAUUCUUGACCAAUCCCAAAACCCCAAGAAUCCAUGAAAGCUGCACAAAGUUAAGAUCAAUAUCCAGGUCUUCACAACAUCAAAAUCCUAUUCAAAAUGACAUAAAACCCAAAACCCAAUUCAUAAACCCUGUUCUAAUGACCAACACAAAAUCCCAUUAUGGUUUUCAGGCGAUGUUGUCUUUGUGUGGAUUGGGAUAUUGGGUUCAAGGUUUUAGGUGUUUCCCAUGGCUGGCUUUGAAUUUCCACAUGGCUCACAAUCUUAACUUCAAUCCUUCAACAUUGCAGCUUGUUCAAAACUCUGCUAAUUUUCCCAUGGUAGCCAAGCCUCUUUAUGGUAUCCUCUCAGAUGCUUUUUAUAUUGCAGGUCCUCAUAGAAUACCUUAUAUUUGCAUUGGAGUUCUUUUGCAGAUACUUUCAUGGGGGCAAUUAGCUUUGAUUCCAGUUACAGGUCAAACACUACCUUCUUUAAUGGCAUGUGUUCUUCUUAGUAACUUUGGAGCAUCCAUUGAAGAAGUUUCAAAGGAUGCUCUUGUGACAGAACAUGGUCAAAAACACAGAAUCAAAGGUCUUCAAUCUUAUUCUUUCAUGGCUUUAGCUGUUGGUGGGAUCCUAGGUAACUUCCUAGGUGGAUAUUUCUCACACAAACUACAACCUAGGACUAUGUUCCUCAUUUUUUCAGCUUUGUUAUCAUUUCAACUUGCAAUUUCUUCAUCAGAAUGUCUUGGUUUGUCCCACAGACAAACCCCAACAGGAAAAUCCAUUACAGACAACAUUAGAAAACACUUGUCUGGCCUUAUGAUUGCCAUAAGUGAAGACACCAUAUCCAAGCCAUUAACAUGGAUCCUAACAUCCAUUGCAAUGGUUCCUAUCCUGUCAGGUUCAACCUUUUCCUACCAAAUUCAAUGUCUAAACUUAGACCUUUCAGUGAUUGGAAUGUCAAAAGUAAUAGGCCAAUUGAUGCUUCUUUCGUUGACCCUAAUCUAUGAUAAUCAUUGGAAACAAAUCCCCACGAGAAAACUUGUUGGUGGCAUACAAUUUGUGUAUGCAUUUUCCCUUUUGCUUGACCUUAUUUUAGUGAGACAGAUCAAUGCGGGAAUUCAUAUAUCAAAUGAAGUGUUUACCCUUUGUUUCUCUGGUUUAGCUGAAACACUAGCACAGUUUAAGAUCCUUCCUUUUAUGGUGCUGUUGGCAACAUUGUGUCCUCAAGGUUGUGAAGGGUCUUUCACUUCGUUUGUAGCAUCGACGGUGUGUUUAUCGUCUCUUGUUGGUGGGUUUUGGGGUGUUGGAUUGGCUGCUUUGCUUGGGAUAAAAGGUGGGGAUUAUACGAGCUUGCCUGUUGGACUUUUGAUACAGUUUGUUGCAGCUUUGUUGCCUUUGGGAUGGAUUCAUCAAUUGCCUAUGUCUUGUCCUGCUGAGAAGGAAAUGAAGAAAUGUAUUGAUGAAACUCAAGGAUUUGAAAGAGUUGUUGGUUCAGUGAGAAUUUGAGGUUGUUACUCAGGUUCGGGUGUGAGCAUGGAAUGUUCAGAUAUGCAUCUAUUGGGUGAAGGUUGACCUCUUCUUGAGAAGUUUUCAAAAUUUGAUAUGUUCGGAGCUCACGAAUUUUUCAAUGGGUCAAUAUUGUCUUUAA